CAUAUUUGUGAAAAUAAAACCUAAAAAGGACUAAAUUAAAAAAGACGGACAGCCCAGCCCAUCUCGUCUUGUCUCGGCGAUACCGGCUACCGCCGGCGACCUUCCGUCUAUCCAACUCGCAGCGUCCCACGCCGGUGACCCCGCUGGGCGGCAGAAGGAGACGUCGGGUGCCGCGGAGCGCCGCGGAGCGCCGCCGCCGUCCAAGCUGCCUCCCUCGGCUGGUGGACUGUAUCACUGCUCCUCAGACACCCGCUGUUCUGUCCGGCAACGUGCCUCCGCCGCAAACCCGCUCGAUCAGCCUGAGGCAUCGCACGAUUUCUGACUCAUACUUUAUCGCCAAUUGGCUGGGGUGGAGCACAUCUCUACCCGGACUUGAUAGAUUCCAAUCCUUCCCAACUCAACGUUGGGCAGAUGGCGCAGAUCCCCAAUCUUGACAACGCGCCGCUCAACCUUGCGGCCCUCAGGGAGCAGUCGCAGAAGGACUUGUUCGGCAUCCUAAAAAAUAUAAGGGGAAAGAAGUGCUUGGUUAUAGAUCCCAAGCUCGCUGGGACUCUCUCAUUGGUCGUGCAGACAUCGCUGCUAAAGGAGUAUGGCGCGGAAGUGCGGAUUCUCUCUCCCGAACCCCUGCAGACGGAAUGCCCCAAAAUUGUAUAUCUUGUGCGCUCUCAGCUGAGGUUCAUGAAGUUCAUCGCAAGUCAAAUCAAGAACGAUGAACCUAAAGGGCUCCAGAGGGAAUACUUCCUUUACUUUGUACCUCGCCGCACUGUUGCUUGUGAGAAGAUCCUGGAGGAAGAGAAAGUUCAUCAGAAACUGACAUUCGGAGAAUAUCCCUUAUAUCUAGUUCCAUUGGAUGAUGAUGUCUUGUCUCUUGAACUUGACCAUUCUUUGCAGGAAUGCCUUAUUGAAGGAGAUACAAGUUCUAUCUGGCAUGUUGCUAAAGCGAUCCAUAAAUUAGAGUUUGCCUUUGGAGUUAUCCCGAAUGUUAGGGCCAAGGGUGUGGCGUCAACCAAAGCUGCAGAGUUGUUGAAUAGUAUGCAACUAGAGGAUCCAGUCAACAUGGAUGAUAUGGGGAUUCCAGAGAUAAACACUGUUAUUCUGUUAGACAGAGAGGUGGACAUGGUAACACCAAUGUGCUCUCAGUUGACGUAUGAAGGCUUGUUGGAUGAGAUUUCAGCAUGUCUUCUGGGAUUACACAUUACACCAUCACUUUUUUCAGUGCCAAUGCAGAUGCUACAAAUUAAUAAUGGUUCAGUGGAAGUUGAUGCAAGCAUCAUUGGAGCUCAACAAGAUGGGAAAAAGGUUAAGGUUCCACUGAAUUCAAGCGAUAAGUUGUACAAGGAGAUUCGAGACCUCAAUUUUGAAGUUGUAGUUCAGGUUUUACGUCAAAAAGCAACAUCUAUUCAGCAAGAUUAUGCAGAAGUGAAAUCCACCAACACUCAGUCUGUUUCGGAGCUCAAGGAUUUUGUGAGGAGGUUGCACUCGCUACCGGAGAUAGCUAGGCAUGUUCAUUUGGCACAACACUUGCAAUCGUUCACGGGGAAACCCUCCUUUCAUGCCCGACUAGACAUAGAACAAACAAUACUGGAGGUUCAGAACUUUGAAAUAUGCUUUGAGUACAUUGAGGAGAUGAUACAUAAGCAGGAAGUUAUUGAAAACGUCCUUCGCCUUUUGGUGUUACUUUCUCUUACAAAUGCCGGGCUUCCAAAGAAGAAUUUUGAUUACAUGAGGCGGGAGAUACUUCAUAGUUAUGGCUUUGAGCACAUGCACUUAUUAUACAAUCUGGAGAAGGCUGGCCUUCUUAAGAGGCAGGAAUCAAGAAGCAAUUGGGUUGGUAUUACAAGAGCACUGCAGCUUAUAGUUGACGUAAAUGAUACAGCAAACCCUACUGAUAUAUCCUACAUCUUUUCUGGAUACGCACCUCUUAGUAUUCGCCUUGUUCAGCAUGCAGUGAGAUCUGGAUGGCGGUCUAUUGAAGAACUGUUGAAACUAUUGCCAGGCCCACAUCUGGAUUUGAAAAGAGGUGGUUUGACAAUUAAUUCAUCACCGGAGGUACAUCCAGGUUUAGGGGCUCAACAGAGUAUUGACAGGGUUGGUCAUCGCUCUCUGGUUUUGGUUGUAUUCAUUGGUGGUGUCACAUUUGCUGAGAUUGCUGCCCUUCGCUUCCUUAGUGCACAGGAAGGAAUGGGCUACGACUUUCUUGUUGCAACAACAAAGGUUGUCAAUGGAAACACAAUACUCAGACCCAUUAUAGCAAAUAGCAAAGAGGGGAUGAUGUAAUUUUAUUCCUUUUCUGUGCAUGUGUUUUUUGUAAUUGCAAUUGCAGACAAACCCAAGCUUGUGGGUUUUCUUGUUUGGCUGUGAGUUCGUGUUUGGUCAGCAACUGGACGAUAAGGCUAACCACGCUUGUUGAUAGAUGGAAUCCAACAGUCCCAUUUUUUGUUCUGUUCUGUUCUGUAGUACAUCCGCUAAACUGUAAAUCCUGGGUUUCAUGUGUUCGUCUGUCUUUUUAUUCAAUAAUUGCUUCCUUGAAGGCCGUUUAUGUUGUUUGUGGACCAAUAUUGUGAAAAAAGAAAGAAUGUAUGGAACCUGUUGCAAAUC